AUGAAGCUUUCGCUUGUCUUCAGCGUGCUCGCAUCCAUCGUGGUUCUUGCCACGGCGUAUCCCACACAAGGAACCGUCGCGAAACGUUCCUAUGUGGAGAAGCGUGAGGAACUCGACGCCAAUGACUUCAAUUACGUUGGUGUGGAGAAGCGCGAUGAAAUAGACGCCAGUGAUUUCCUUUACCCCCUCGGUGAGGAAAAACGCGAGGAAAUCGACGCUAGUGACUUCCUUUACCCCCUUGGUGAGGAGAAGCACGGGAACUCAAUGUUGAUAUCUGAUUAA